AUGUCGGCUUCACCCACGCAACCCGCCAACUCGGCCAAGCGCCCUCUCGAGGAGACGUCGUCGCCAUCGCGCAGCAACGACCAGCCCGAUGCCAAGCGCCCUGCCCUGGACAAGAUUCUGAAGAAUGACGACGAGGUCGCCAUGGCUGAGAAGCCCGAGGAAGAGGAUGACGCCGGCGCUGUUGUCGAAGCCACCGAGGCUGCCCCUUCCGAAACCACCAACGGCGCCAAGGAGGAGACCGAAGGCGAGGCCGCAGACGAGCCGAAGCCCAUUGCUAGUGCCGUGGCCGGCAACGUUCCAUCGUCCACUCCUAAUGCCUCGACGCAUGACGAGACGGCUUGGAUCCACAUUCGCGCCGUCAUCUCCAGCCCAGAGGCUGCGACGGUCAUUGGCAAGGGAGGCGAAAACGUGUCCAACAUUCGCAAGAUGUCUGGGGCCAAGUGCACGGUCAGCGACUACCAGAAGGGUGCCGUUGAGCGCAUCCUGACCGUUAGCGGCGUGGUAGACGCUUCAGCCAAGGCUUUUGGUCUGAUCAUCCGAACCCUGAACAAUGAGCCCCUGGACGAGCCGUCCAGCGCGCAGUCCAAGACGUACCCCCUUCGACUCCUCAUCCCCCACAUCCUGAUCGGAUCCAUCAUUGGUAAGGGUGGAGCUCGUAUCCGUGAGAUUCAGGAGGCGUCCGGAGCCCGGCUUAACGCUUCUGACUCCUGCCUCCCCAUGUCGACCGAGCGUUCCCUCGUGGUCAUGGGCGUGGCCGACGCUGUCCACAUCGCCACGUACUACGUGGGAAGCACUCUACUGGAGCAAUUGAAUGACCGCUUUGGCGGUCCGGCCGCCUCAGCCUACGCGACACGGAGCGGCGGUCCAGCCGGUGUUGUCCCAGGUGGCAUGCAGGUAGUGCCGUACUGCCCCCAGCCGACGACCGGCAACUACGGCAACAGGGAGAACUUUGGCAGACGCCAUGAUGCCAGGGGCCAACAUCCCCAGCAGCACCACAUGCCGCCCGCUCCCUACGGCCAGCAAUAUCCCCCUCACGGCGCCCAGCCCGGCCCCGCCAUUCCUCAGCAAUACGGUGCUCAGGCUGGCGGCUACGGCGGCGCGCCUAUGCAGCCACACGGUGGUCCUGCGGCUCCUCAGCCCCACGGCGGACACCCCGCGCAGCCCAUGCACGGUGGUCCCGCCGCUGGCGGCAUGGCCGGUCAGCCUCUGACGCAGCAAAUCUUCAUUCCUAACGAUAUGGUUGGCGCCAUCAUUGGUAAGGGCGGCCAGAAGAUCAACGAGAUACGCCAGAUCAGCGGCAGUGUGAUCAAGAUCAACGAACCCCAAGACAACAGCAACGAGCGUCUGGUGACCAUUACCGGCACGGACGAAACGAAUCGCAUGGCCCUUUACAUGCUGUACUCGCGCCUCGAAUCGGAGAAGCACCGGGUCUAA